CAGUAACCCAAUUAUGGUUCGCGUGCGUAGGCAACGGUGUACAUUACUAAUUUUCCUACUUGCUUGUUUGAUUGUACUCGUUCGCCAAUUGUAUUAUGGACGGCUUUUGCCUACUGUGUCAUCUCCAUUCAACCACCCAGUGGAAAAUUUUAUGCCUACCAUUGACAAAUUCCCUGACGAAAUUGACCAUUAUAAAUUGCCUUCUCUCAUAGCUGUGAUUCGAGAGUUUGAGUCGUAUGACAACGACGUCGUGGCAACUGCAGAGUCUGUAUUGCGAGUGUGCAGAUCGUGUGGUGUUGCAGUAGUUAGUGACGAUAUAGUGUAUCCUCCAUUGAACUUGGCAAAACAGGUUCAUCACUUCAUUUUGAAGCCGGGUCUCACACGCCAUUCGCCAGAUGUUGCCAAGUGUCUCAGUGACUUCAAAUACGUACUACUGCUACCUGACAGUACAAGACUCUCUUCAACUGAACAACUCCUCGAUAUGGUGCGGGUGCUGGAGUCAGGAGACACAACUGGGGUAGCUGCUCGCAUUGGCAGUGGAAAUGUCAACUGUCAGCAGAUAUCUUUGGAGGUGCAGCGAUGGGAGCUUCAUGUUGCCGCCACGCCAGAUAGUGAAGCCUGUGACAGCGUUGAUGGAAAAGCUGCAUUUCUCUUGAGGACGAAAAAUUUUCUCCAAUUUACUUUGCCGUGGGGACGGCCACUCUUUCUCAGUUUGGGCAUCCAAGGAGCAUUGAGAGGCUGGAAGUUUCACGUUGCCAAAGGCAUGUUGUUGGGAGAGGGCAGAGAACUAUUAACUGCCGAAAAUUUACGGUGGAAACGCGACACUGCUAAUGAUGAACGUGUGAAGAGUCUUUAUAAAGAUCUGGGCAUCAAAAAAGUUAUUGGCUCGAGUCAAAAAGUGGAAUGGUACGGAUGCAGUCGGCAGACUCCACGUUGUUUCCCGGCGGUUGUGAACGACACUCCAUCUUAUUUGUACGAAGGCAGGUGGACUCCUCCUUGCUGCUUGGAAGGAUUGAGAGCCACGGCUAGACACGUAUUUUUAGCUCUGAAAAGCUGCAGAGCUCGUUGGUGGCUUGAAGGCGGAUCACUUCUUGGGGCUGUGCGAAGUGGUGAUAUAAUUCCUUGGGAUUAUAAUGUUGAUAUUGGUAUUUAUGCUCAUGAUAUUGACAGGUGCCACCAGCUGAAAGCAUCUCGAUGGCAGACAUUGGAAGACUCUGAGGGCUACGUCUGGCAGCGGGGAAGUGGCUUCUAUAAAGUGCACUACAGUACCGCAAAUCAUCUUCGCGUUGACAUUUAUGCCUUCACUCCUCGGGAUGGAACGAUGGUGCGAGCUGAGCCUUGGAAUACCGCGCACCGACAAGACGUCGAUUUUCCCGAGCAUUUUCUACGACCGUUUUCCAGUGUCCAGUUUGCUGGCGUGCAAGCUUCUGCCCCGAACAACGUCAGAGACUUUCUUGAGUACAAGUUUGGUGUUGGUGUGGUUGAGAACCCGCAGUAUCCCAAUCCUGAAAUCCUGUCUGCUUUUAACAUAUCAAUGCCUGUAAGUUCUUGAUUUACAACUGCUAUCAUUCUGACGAUUUUCUUGCUAGCGGCAUGUCAUUACUUGACUCGUACACCAUGACGUUACUUGACUUAUCUCACCAUUCUCAACUUGACCCUCUACCGCCGUAUGUCACUUUUCGGGAACAUAACUUUCAACUAAAAUUAUGCGUAACCUAUUAAGUGUAGCAACAGGAGGACGUUUGCACGCAACAGAAAACAUUUUAAAUUUGUCGUACGUGGCGGCAACCAUCAGUGCACGUCAUUAUGCGCUCACUAGAACAUUCUUUUUGGGAAGGAGGCUUGUGAAAAUAUCGCUCCGGUUACUCAUGUCAAGCAGUAGAGGGUUUAAUCUUAUCUUGACCGCCAUAACAUCAAUUGAUCAUUAAUCCAAUGAAAUUUCUUUACUCUUAUAUCACAAUGGACUAGCAUUGCUCGCAAUCGGAGUAAUUUUUACAGCGUUGUCUUAUCUUAUACCUGAAAUUUAGCGUAGCUGAUGUAGAAUAGUGGACUAGUCUUCGUGGUAGAUUCUAUUCUAGUGCUCAGAAAAUAAUCCAUGAUUAUUCACAUCAAUUUGUAGAUUCAUUUUGGCUACCAACACCUGAAGACAAUUUUUUUUUUUGGAAGACUAAAAACGAAUGUAUUGACCUUACCAGGUACUGUAAUUCAGUCAUUUCCUCAACUGCCAAAGGUGUGUUUUUGUUGAUGCAUUUGAAGAAAAGUUUUAUUUUAACUAAUAUGAAUUGUUUUUAUGUUUCACAGUUAUGAUAUGUUAUGUUACCUGCUUCGCGGCAGGCUCGCUCGUAUCAAAUUUCACGUAAAUAUGUAUAAAUUUUGUG